ACCUCAAACAAAUAAUAUCUCAACCAAAAAAAAAAAAAACAAUGAAGCAACUUCUUUUGAUAUUUCUCUUUUCUCUUGUCAUUCUCCAAACUGCUUGUGGAUUCGAUUACGACGACAAAGAAGUAGAGAGCGAAGAGGGCUUAUCAACGCUUUAUGAUAGAUGGAGGAGCCACCAUUCAGUUCCUAGGAGUCUCCAUGAAAGGGAGAAGAGAUUCAACGUUUUCAGACACAAUGUCAUGCAUGUUCAUAACUCCAACAAGAAGAACAGAUCCUACAAACUUAAGCUCAACGAGUUUGCAGACUUAACGAUUCAUGAGUUCAAGAAUGCCUACACCGGUUCUAAAAUCAAGCAUCACAGGAUGUUGCAAGGACCAAAACGCGGCUCAAAACAGUUCAUGUAUGAUCAUGAGAAUUUAUCCAAAUUACCGUCCUCCGUUGAUUGGAGAAAGAAAGGUGCUGUCACUGAAAUCAAGAAUCAAGGAAAAUGUGGAAGUUGUUGGGCAUUCUCUACCGUAGCAGCUGUUGAGGGAAUCAACAAGAUCAAGACGAACAAGCUAGUCUCACUGUCUGAACAAGAAUUAGUGGAUUGUGAUACUAAGCAGAAUGAAGGUUGUAACGGAGGUCUUAUGGAGAUUGCAUUUGAAUUCAUCAAGAAGAACGGUGGAAUCACCACCGAAGAUAGCUAUCCCUACGAAGGCAUCGAUGGAAAAUGCGACGCUUCAAAGGAUAACGGCGUGCUUGUGACGAUAGAUGGGCAUGAAAAUGUACCCGAAAACGACGAAAAUGCUCUUCUUAAGGCUGUUGCAAACCAACCUGUAUCUGUUGCAAUUGAUGCUGGAAGUUCAGAUUUCCAGUUUUAUUCAGAGGGAGUGUUUACGGGAGAUUGUGGAACAGAGCUGAACCAUGGUGUGGCAACGGUCGGGUAUGGAUCUGAGGGUGGGAAAAAGUAUUGGAUAGUGAGAAACUCAUGGGGGGCUGAAUGGGGAGAGGGAGGCUAUAUAAAGAUUGAGAGAGGGAUUGAUGAAUCGGAAGGUCGUUGCGGUAUUGCAAUGGAGGCAUCGUAUCCGAUCAAGCUAUCGUCUUCUAAUCCUACCCCGAAAGAUGGUGAUGUCAAAGAUGAGCUUUAGAUUUGUGUACACAUUGUGUAAAACCAUUUCAAUGGUGAUCCCAAUUCCUUGUUGAUUCAUGUUGUUAGUUUCGUCUUCAUGAUUUGAUUUUGUUGUUGGUUUUGGAUUUGAAUUUGAAUAAAAAUGUCUUGUGUUU